CUGCUGCUGUCGAACUCAUUUUUUGUGUGUUUGGUCGCAGCAGAACUCCUCUCGACAGCGCACCUCUCACCUCGCCGCCGACCGUCGCAAAGGCAGUAUUGGUAUUCGCAGCAGCUUCUGGUCCUUUCCCAAUUCUCCGUCCGCCAGAUCCAAACACGCCCGGCGCCCACCACCUUCCACGACCCGAAUUUCCAGCCUCGCGACGAUCAACUGCGACAGGAUGGUCGAGGCCCUCGACGAAUUCCGUACCUGAGAACCUCGCGCCGGCGCACCUUCUUGGAUCGCAUCCGCCGACCUCUCACACCCCGCCGUCAAUUUGGCGACUCGGCGACUCGAGCGACUCGGCCUUUUUGCUUGGUGCCGACCCUCGACGCAAUCCUACCGAGCGCAAACUAAGCAAACAUGAGCGCCAUCAUGGCCCCUGCGGGCGCCCCCGCCGUCGACGAGGUGAUCGUCAGCGACUCCGAGGACGACCUGCCUCCUGUGAAUGACGAGCCACCCUACCCCUACUUCGUCCUCAAGCAAGAUGUCGAGAUUGAAGUCAACUUCCGAUCGAAGCGGAUCCAAGGAAAAUCCCACAUCACGUUGGGCUUGGUAUCCGGCGCCAUCUCUCAGCUCGACGAGCUCGCCAUCGAUGCGCGGCAAUCCGAAAUCGACGUCAAGAACAUCACCAUCACUGCCUUGAAGGAUCAGACACCCAUCAGCGCGCCGAGAAAAGUCCCAGCCACGUACACGGACCCGUAUAAGUUACUGGAUUACCCGGACUACUACAACUGGAACGCCUCGCAUCACGAUCUGAGGAAGAUCCGGAUGCGCUCCAUCAUGCAUAACCGACGGCAUGACGUGCCUGCCGAGAAUAGAGAACUCGUUGGCUGUACGCCCGUUGACGGUGCUUUGCGGAUUAAUCUCCGAGAAGCGAAGAAGAUGAAGGAGACCAAAGAAGGCAAAGAAGAACCGACAUCAGGAGCGGGAGUGGCCAAGCGACCGCUUCUCAAGAUACGCGUCUCGAGCGUAACACCGAACGAGCUCCAAGCAAGCGAGCUCGCUAGCUCACGGGAAAUUCGAGUCACAAUACCAUUCAAGACCAAACUCGUGCGGGAUGGCUUCCAGUUCGUUGGAGUCGACCCCGGUGACCUCAGAUACCCGCACGCCUAUACCCGUCAUUCGAUCGAGCCGGGGACGGCAUCGUGUAUCUUCCCAUGCAUCGACGAUCCUGGCCAGCUUCCGACUUGGACGAUGGCAGUGAAGUGUCCGAGGACGCUGGGUGAUGCACUCUGGCAGCCUUUGGCCACACAGAGAGCAAACGGCAAUGCGAACAACCAUCGGGAUCGCGGGCAAGCCAACCAGUCCAAGACCGAUAGAGACUUUGCUCUCACCGAGGAAGACAAGCUUCUAGAGAUGACGGUGGUGUGCUCUGGGAGCCUCUCGGACGAGAUUGUGGACCCUGAGGAUGAACGCAAAAAGAUCAUGACCUUUGACCUCGACAAACGGGUCGCAGUCCAGAAGAUCGGCUUUGCGGUUGGUCCGUUCGAGCAUGUCGACCUCUUCUCCGACUUCCGUACGGAGGAAAACGACGAGAAGCUUGGCGGAAGCGCGCUCAAGAUACAUGGUUACUGCCUCCCUGGAAGAGCUGCGGAGGUCCACAACACUUGUGCUGCGCUUGCCGCUGCCGCCGACUUUUUUACUCUGACGUUUGCUCGUUUCCCGUUCGAAAGCUACAAGUUAUGCUUUCUUGACGACAUGGCUGACGAUACCGUGGCCCUGCAAUCGCUUUCCUUCAUCAGCACUCGUCUGCUGUUCCCCGAAGACAUGAUUGAUCCGGAAGUCGACGUGACAAGGCAGCUGGUGUACAGCUUGGCCUCACAAUGGAGUGGGAUCAAUCUCUUCCCAAACACACGAAGAGAUCUCUGGGUCGUCAUCGGCAUCGCCUACUACAUGACCGAUCUGUUCUUAAAGAAGCUGUGCGGCAACAACGACUAUAGGUUCCGCAUGAAGGCAAUGUCGGAUAAGCUGGUGACGGUCGACGUUAAGCGGCCAUCAUUGCACGAGCUUGGCCAUCUCUUGCACAUCGGAGACUUCGAAAUGGAGUUUAUGGCACUCAAGGCACCCUUGGUACUCUUCAUCCUGGAUAAGCGCCUGAUGAAGGCACCCGCCCAGACCAACCUCACUCGCAUUAUUUCGAGAAUUCUCUACAAGGCCAACAUUGGGGAGAAGCAGAGUGAGUGGAUCAUCAACACGGAAUCCUUCCAGAGAGUCUGUGAGAAGAACGCAAGAAACAAGCUCGAGGCGUUCUGGGCUCAAUGGGUAUACGGAUCUGGAUGUCCGAGGUUCGAUGUUUUCCAGAGGUUCAAUAAGAAACGACUGUGUGUUGAAAUGACGAUCCGGCAAGUGCAAGACAGGGCUCUCAGCGAAUCGGAAGUUCUGAAAAAGACAGAAUUUCUUCGCGCCAUCAAGGAGAAGGCCAAUGGCGUCCAAGUGGACGAAGCAAUGGGUCUCUUUACGGGGCCUAUGACGAUCAGAAUUCACGAAGCCGACGGCACGCCCUACGAACACAUUGUGGAAAUCCGCGAGGACGCUGCCAAGGCGGCCAAGUUCGAGAUCCCGUACAAUACCAAGUACAAGCGACUGAAGAGGAAGAGGAGAGCAACGGAGAAGCUCAGCGCGCAGUCUGCCGCAGACCCCGAUAAUAACGAAGAGACACUCCUGUACUGUCUGGGAGAUGUCCUGACCAACCCAGAAGACAUGAGGAAGUGGGAAUUCUCCGAGUGGGAGCCCGAGAUCGAGAAGGCCAUGGACCAAGAGUCGUAUGAGUGGAUUCGGAUGGACGCCGACUUCGAGUGGGCCUGCGAAAUGAAGACGAACCUGCAGAGCUACAUGUACGUGUCGCAGUUACAGCAAGACAGGGACGUCGUGGCACAGCAGGACUCGAUGUUGUAUCUGAAGAAAAGCCCGCCUCAUCCUCUCGUUUCGACGUUUCUCACAAGAACCCUCGUCGAUCGCCGAUACUUCCACGGCAUCAGAACUAUGGCCGCCGACAUGCUAUAUCAUCAUGCUACCGAAAAGGUCGCCAUGGCAGGCAUGACGCAUCUCUUAAAGGCUUUUACAGAGCUCUUCUGCUAUCCAGACUCUGCGACUCCUCGUCCGAACGACUUCACGGACAAGAAGCAGUACCUUGUCCAGAGCGCGCUCCCCAUGGCAAUAGCGAAGAUCCGUGACGCCAACGGCAGAUGUCCCGAGCCCGCCCGGCGGCUACUGCUGAACCAGGUUCAAUUCAACAACAAUGCGAACAAUCCGUACUCAGACCACUUCUACGUCGCGAAGCUUCUCGAGGCUGUGGCCCAUAGCCUGAUUCCAGAGAAACGACGGGACGCGGGUGACUCGAUGGAUCUCGACACAUCGAUUGAAGAAAGAAGCUUUCUUGGGGAGGCCAUUGUUGAAAUCGACCGUUUCCGAAGGAUGGACGAGUGGGCUAACUCGUACCAGAACAUCUGGACGACGACUGCUCUCGAGUGCAGACGGAAGCUCAUGAAGGCAGGCGUCAUUCCCAGAAGUGCAUUGGACUUCAUCCAAUACCUGCAGGACGACACAUGCGAUCUCGUACGGCUUAAGGCCUUUGAGGCUCUCGUGGAUCUCGGUUACAUGAUGGAGCUGCCCAUCUUUCGCCUGAUCGUCUCUGUCAUGAGCACUGACAGAUCUCCGUUCGUGCGAGACAAGCUCCUGAAAAUCUUCUGUACGGGGUUGGCAAGCCUUGCUUUCGGCGAGCAAUCCCGGGCUCGGGCUGCUCCUUUGGCGGCCGACAGUGGCGAACUCACCGUCAUCAACAACACCGAGGGUGAGACCCAAGAGCGGCGUAAGCAAUUUGCUCGGAAGCAAGACAUCAAUGUCGCACUUGCGGCUUUGCGGGCGGAGAUGGAGGAGCAAUACGCAGAACAGGAGAGGCCUAUGAUGAGGGCAGUCUGGAGGGCCCUUGAUUCCAAAGUGAUUGGCCGGGCCGAGAAGAUCACCCUCAUCGAGCUGUGCGGCGCGAUGUUCGAUGCCGCUGACCGGUGGACGAUUACAAUGAAGUACCCUAAACGGUGGGCAGUCAAUCGUCCGGUUCAGCGUCAGCCAGGCAGGGUGAGAUUUUGUCGGUUCCCAUUUUGUUGCACUUUUGCUAAUGAUGUCUUUCCUCCAGAAUAUGAUCAACUUCAAGUCAUACUUCAAGACGGGAAUCCCUCAGAAACCCAAGGAAAAGGAGCCUGAGCUACUGGCACCAGCACCAGCACCAGCACCGGUACCGGCA